CAAGGCCGCCACCGCACCCGCAGCCAUGGCGGCAAGCCGGCGCUCCGCAACCCCCGCCGCCGCCGCCGCUCCCGCAGUGCCGCGCGGGGAGGAAGGCGGAAGCGCAACAGCCGCCGAUCUAAACGCCGAUGAGCCAGGCGCGGCGGAUAUUGCGGCGCCAGCAGCGGCGGGGAAUCCGGGCGAGGCGGUGAAGGUGCGGGAGGCGCGCGUGGAUCUGAUCCUCACGCAGCGCCUGCGACAGUGCGGGGGCGCGCAGCAAACGAGUAGCGGCAGCGCGGAGAAGAAAGCCGUCCCGUCGUGGGUGUUCGAUCUGGGCCUGAAGGCCCGACCAACCGUUUCCCUGGCAGCUCCUGCGGGUGGCGCUGACGGGUGGGGAGGAGCGGGAGGGGGGAAGGUGGAGGUGGAAGGGGAGGAGGAGGGCAGGGGAAGGGAAGAGGGGAAUGCGGCGAGGGAGCUUGCUGACGUGGCAAGAGGGGAGGCUGCCGCCGCAGCAGCAGCAACAGCAGGCGUGGAACGAGCGGCGGCAGCAGCAGCAGCACUGAGAGCCACGCAGGCAGCAGCGAGUGGUGCUGUUGGGGAUGAGACCAAGGUCAAAGUGCGAGAGGUGGUGGACUUUGCAGGCGAGGCAGUGGAGGUGGUGCGGGUGCUGGACCCAAGGUCCAAGGAGGGCUGCAGCUGCCAAGCGCAAAGCAGACAUGCAGGCGUCCACCUCCAAGGGGCUGGACGCCAUUCUGGCGCAGAUGGAGAAGAAGAAGAAACUCAACAUCCUGGACAAGUCCAGACAGGAUUGGAGCGAGUACAAGGAGGGCACGGGCGUGGCGGUGGAGCUGGAGGAGUACCGCAGGAGCGGCGCCACCUAUACAGAGAAAAAGGCUUUUCUGGGGCAGGCUGACCUGCGGGAGUACGAGCGCGAGAGAGACGCCAAGCUGGCUGCGCUCGCCAGGAGGCCCAGGCCCACUGCAGGGGAUUGAGUUCAUUAGCGGCGCCACCUACCUACACAGUUGAGAGGGCUUUUUUGGGGUACGCUGACCUGCGGAAGAGACGCCAAGCUGGCUACGCUUGCCAGGGGACCUCUGGCCACGGCCACAGCUGGUGGUUGAUGGCUGUGAGUGCCAGGAUGGAGGAGAAGGGCGUUUUUGGGCAGUGGAGAGAGAGAGAGAGAGAUGCCAAGCUGGCUGCACAUGCCAGGAGACCAUGGCCGGAAUGUCAAACAUGUGUAUUAGUUAUGUUUGCAUAGACUGUAUAGGGUCACCUCUUAGAGGGUACAAUACUUAGGUAUAUCUAUCUGUACUCUCCCACUACU